AUGUUCAGGACUGCUACUAGAUUUUUAAGCAUUAUUAUUAUCAGUCUCAUUACCUACUGAAAGCUUGCUCUGUGUUCAGCCAUCAGCUUUCUGUUGGCAACCCUGGCCUCUUUCACCCUAAGCUGUCCUGCAGCUACGGUUGCUGAAGUGAACUGGACCUUUGGGGCUCAUUUCUGCCAAAACUCAGCUAUGCUCUAUUGAUUAUGUGUCUUGGAAGGAGUUGCCAUCUGGAUGAUUAGCGUGGACCAUUUUCUAACCACUCUCUCUCUAAGGCAAAACUAGCUGAAACCCCACUGUGCCAAAGCCACAACUGCUUUUUUUGAUGCUUUCUGCAUUGCCUUUCCUGACUGGAUGGAUGGGGAAAUGCAAACCAGGGCUCUCCAGGGUGUAGUUCCUGCUGGCUGAGCUAACAAAGUGAUGCUUGUUGCAGUAAUGUUUUUCAUUCCUUUCAGUAUCAUGCUGCAUUCCAACUUUUGCAUCCCAAACACCCUCUGCAGGAGCGUCCUGAGCACCCACCAACGUGCCCGCAGCCUUUGCCUCAGCCAAAGGAACAAACUUGACCUGAUAGAGCUGUAGAAACCUUGCCAAAUGAACAUAAACCUGAACUUCAAAACUUCACUACAGUUCCCACUCUGUUGGAUUUUUAUGCAGCUGGCUCGCCAGCUAUGCAGUGUACGACCUGCCUUCUACAUCCAGUCGAUGCCUACAGUGUUACUAGUGCCUACGCUGCCUGGCUGA